AUGGGAUCUAUACACGGUGUGGCGCGCUCAGCGCGGAGUCUCUCGGCUUUGCUCAGACAUGAAACCAUCUCGACUCGGAAUCGAUUAGCAGCAGUAUGCUCGUCCACGCAAUACCCAGCGGCCCGUAGGCCCUUACACAACGGUCGUCCACGGAAUUCCCAGUCCGCCGCCGCAAGUAACAGUUCCUCCAAUCCAGCUCUAUCGUUUCCCUGUCUUGACGCCCAAGAUGCGAAGUCCGCCCUCCUCUCCGCACGGUCUCUCGAGUCGGGUCCCGAGCCGUCAUACACAACCGGCCAUCAUGAACAGUUCCGUUGCGAAGAUCCAUUGCUGCUUGACUGGGGUGGUGUCCUGCCGGAAUUCGAUAUCGCGUACGAAACAUGGGGCCAAUUGAAUGCAGAUAAGAGCAACGCUAUCCUACUACACACCGGUCUGUCGGCCUCGAGUCACGCCCAUAGCACCGAAGCCAACUCCAAACCCGGAUGGUGGGAGAAAUUCAUCGGCCCCGACAAGCCGUUAGACACAAAAAAGUACUUCGUCAUCUGUACGAAUGUUAUCGGAGGCUGCUACGGCAGCACCGGGCCAUCGUCCAUCGACCCAUCCGAUGGAAAGAGAUACGCCACCCGAUUCCCCAUCCUGACGAUAGACGACAUGGUCCGCGCACAAUUCCGUCUCCUGGACACGCUGGGCAUCCAGAAGCUGUACGCCUCCGUCGGCUCCAGCAUGGGCGGCAUGCAGAGUCUCGCCGCCGGAGUGCUCUUCCCCGAGCGGGUCGACAAGAUCGUCAGUAUCAGCGGCUGCGCCCGAAGCCACCCAUACAGCAUCGCCAUGCGACAUACACAGCGUCAGGUCCUCAUGAUGGACCCGAAGUGGGCCCGCGGGUUCUACUACGACUCCAUCCCGCCCCAUUCGGGCAUGAAGCUCGCACGAGAAAUUGCGACAGUCACCUACCGAAGCGGACCGGAGUGGGAGAAGCGGUUUGGCCGCAAGCGUGCAGACCCCAGCAAGCAGCCUGCAUUGUGUCCUGAUUUCCUCAUCGAGACAUACCUCGACCACGCAGGCGAGAAGUUCUGUCUGGAGUACGAUCCCAACAGUCUGCUCUAUGUCUCCAAGGCCAUGGACUUGUUUGAUCUGGGACAGGCACAUCAAACAGAGACGAAGAAACGACGGGCUGAGUAUGAAGCCAAUAUCGCGGAGGGAGGCAAGACUGUCGACGCUAGUAACAUCGCCUGCAGCCUCACGCUCCCCGAGAAGCCGUACGAAGAACAACCGUCGGUGACCGCGUCUACGCCUGCCAUGGACCAGUCCGUCGCUGGAGGUGCGGAUGCGCCGCCACAAGAUCUCGUCGCUGGGCUGGCACCUUUGAAGAACCAUCCUGUUCUGGUCAUGGGUGUCGCCAGCGAUAUUCUCUUCCCGGCUUGGCAGCAGCGUGAGAUUGCAGAGACACUUUGGGCUGGUGGAAACGAGAAGGUCCAGCACAUUGAACUUGGCGAGGACGUGUCGAUGUUCGGACACGAUACGUUCCUGCUUGACUUGAAGAACAUUGGUGGUGCAGUAGAGAAAUUCUUGCGCUGA